UACCCAACCCAUAUUUGAGCUCAUCUAAGUUGGAAUCCUUGAUUAAAUAACUCAAAGCUCUUUCCUCGUGAAGAAACCUGCAUUCAUUCCCUGCUUCCCCUUUUCCUUUGGAAGUCUAUCCAAAACCCCGAAAUAAAAACAGGCAGAAGGAAACAGUAAACUAUGGAAUUGGCAUUCGGGCAUUCUCACACAACCUUAGUGUACAACCUCUGUUUCCCAUACCGCCGCCAUUCUUUCUCAUUUUCUCCUUCAUUUUCUUUGAAACCUAAAAUUUUUAUGUCUCUAUUCUCUUCAAAAUCCACCUCUGCAUCUUCUUCCUCAAUCAGAAACUUCUUUUCAAGUACCAGCGACUACUCUCCGGAUUUACCUGAGACACCAAAGCAAAAUCAGCAGCAGCAGCACCCCUGGCUCAUUGUUGGGCUCGGUAACCCAGGAAAGGAAUACAACGGCACUCGCCACAAUGUGGGGUUUGAGAUGAUAGAUGCAUUAGCUGAUGCUGAAGGAAUUUAUAUGAGCUCUGUUAACUUUAGAGCCCUUCUUGGAAAAGGUUUUAUUGGAAAUGUUCCUGUAAUGCUUGCCAAACCGCAAACAUUUGUGAAUUCAAGUGGUGAGUCUGUUGGAGCAAUUGUCUCAUAUUAUAAGAUUCCGUUGAAGCAAGUACUUGUGAUAUUUGACGACUUGGACUUGCCUUUUUCCAAAUUGCGUCUGUUGCCAAAAGGUGGUCAUGGAGGACAGAAUGGGAUGAGGAAUAUUAUUGAUCACUUCAAAGGGAACCGGGAUUUUCCACGUUUAAGAAUCGGGAUUGGACGGCCACCUGGAAAAAUGGAUACUGUUAAUUAUGUUCUUGGGCCUUUCAAUCAACAAGAAUGUGAAGAGUUGGAUUUUAUAUUUCAACGUUGUGUUGAAGCAAUCCGCAUUCUUUUGCUUGAAGGAUUCGAUAAAAGCGCGCAAUUUGUCAACGGUGCCAAAUCCAUAAAACUAACUUAGUUAAGCAACAUUCAUUGAUUCUGAAAGAAAAGCCUUCUGAUAUUUGGAAGUCAAUUAAUUAAUUGGAGUUUUGAACAUUCAUUCUUUGUUAAAGUAAAAAUAGGCAACAAGCAACAAUUAUGAAACAGUGCCCAAGGUCCAUAUAUAUUUCUGUGUUUUGAUCCUUCUGUAUCAUCAUAGCAUGACCUGGUUUCAAUUUGUAAUAUUGUUUUGUCCUCAUGCUUUAUGGGAUAUAUUUAUGUAUUCAUAAAUUUCUUUCUCCAUAUAUAAAUUUUUUGUUGAAUA